UCUCUAGUUUGUACUGAUGCGGAAACUGAGGCACGGGGGAUUAAAUGACAGGGCCAAGGUUACAAAAUGAGUUAUUGACAACUCCAGAAACUGAAGAUCUUUCUUAUUCACAUACCAGAUAGAGCAUGGGUGGUGUCAGCCAAAGUUGCUCUUGUGCUGUUUCCUUCCAGACGAUUCAUUCCUGUCCUUUGGGGCUUACCUCCAAGGGUGAGAAGGUAGUUCAGGUUCCACAGCCUGAAGUCCUUAGUCUCUCUGCAGAGGCUUCCAACAAGCUGCCAAGUUACUGCCAAAAGUGAGACAGGUGCUAUUUUUUUAUGAAGUCGGCCCCGGACAGAGACUGCUGCUGAUUCUCCUCAGGCUACUCUUUGCAGAGCUGAAGGGUGGUAUCAGCUUUGUGAUGGCUGACGAGGGUAGGAUCUGUGCAAGUAAGUGCAGUGAACAGUCUCUGUCCUGUUGUUAUAGCUAGGGCUGUCUGGUCUUAGAGUAUCCUGAGUGUUGAGAUGAAAGUCUAGAGGUCCUGGAAUCGCACAUGAUGCCUGAAGAGCCACUUAAAGGGCCCUCCGCCAGGCCCCCAACCAUGUCUUGUGCCUGGAUGCCAGAUGGGGGCCUCCAUGAACACAGACCUCCAAAGCCUAGAGAGGGGGAAACUGGAGGAGGGAGGUUUGAAUUCAGCCGUCAGGAGUGAAAGAGGUGAGCAGGAGGCUUGGGUGAGGGCAUCAGGAACCACAGACCAGAUGAACUGACUUUGAGAAAAGUUAUUUCAUGUGAAUGAAAUGAAGCUAUUGAUCCAUUAAUGUUUAAGGAAUUUGAAACAUCCAUUAAAAUAUUAAGUGAAUUUAAUGACUGAUUUUCAAGGGAAGGGCAUCCCCAAGAAAUAGCAUGGGGAGUGGCAUCUUUAACCAAAAAGAUAAAGAAACAGGGACUGUGGGAUGGUUAUGAGGGACAUGGAAACGGCCAAGAUGGUCCCAAGAGGCAUAAUUUCUAAGAGGCUUUAACACCUGUCCCCCUGCCUAUAGUGUGGUUUUAGAGGUAAGUACAAACUGGUUUUGUUUGUAGCUUUGGUGUGGAAUCAGGUAGUGUUGUCUGCUGAGUGUACACCUUUAUUUCAUUAACUACAAGUAACAGUGAUUCUAUCUUACGUUCUAGGAGUUUUAUUCUAAAUUAGCAAUAUGACUUUUCAUCUCUUGAGUUUUCUUAAAUUGUUUUUAAUUUGUGAUUGAGUCUUCAUGAGCUUUAGUGUGUCAUCAGGGAAUAGUUGAUCUCUUUUCUUGUGAGACCUUUUAAUUUCAUUUACCCUUCGCGUGGAUAAGUGUCAGAAAAUUGAAAUGUACACAGGUAUGACUGUGUUUGCUCCCCUUUAAGGAAAGUAGCCCUGUUGACUUUAAAAGGUCACAGUGAAACACUUCAUUAUGACAGCGGGGUUAUGGUUGUGAUAGUUUGACCCACAAACUAUUUGCAAGUAUGUUGCUUCCUGCGGGUAGUCCCAUUUUAUAGGGUAGAACUAUGGUAGCAGCCUAGUAAAAGUGAACUAGCUUAGUUCAUUUUUGAAAGGCUUUUGGAUAGUUGAACAAAAUGGCAAAUGGGCCCAUAGACCAGUUACAAAGUAAGACUAGAAAUUGGUUACAGAUUCCUCUCUUCCUCCUGCUUUCUGAAGGAAUUUUGUAUUACCACUUAGUUUUUAGAAUAAUGAUUGUUUUUGUUCUCUUUUCCUCACUCCAGUUUGUGAAUAUUCCUUCAGAGAUGGGCUGGUAUUCUCCUAAUGAUUUGUUAUCUUUCUCUAUUUUCCUAGACUGCUGUUAAAAUUUUGAUAACUGACCUACAGGUUUGGUUCCACGAUUAGCUUAGAGGAUGUUCACAACUUACUAGUGUUAGUACACAUCAGAUGCAGAAAUGGUAUUUCUCGCCGUUUAAUAUUUCUCAUGAGAUGCUAAUAUUCAUGUGGGCAUUUGUCUUCCACAGCAUAUAAUUUGAUGUAACUGAUUUUCUGUGCUAGAGCUUGUGUUUCUCAAACUGUUUGCUCUGUGGACCACUUCUUUCCACUGGUGUGGAGAUAGUAGAACAUGGUGAUGGAGUGUUGAUUUCAGGUUAGGACCUAGGAUUGAAGAAUCCCAAGCGUUGGGUAGCCUUUACUUAACUGCUGUAAGCGUUCAUUUCUUCAUCUGUGAGAUUAUCAGUAAACCUCAGAGUUGUGAACAUUAUUAUAAAGGAUUUUGAAAAGGGAAAGAGUCCUGGUGAGCUAGAGGAGUCAUGUUAAUAGUGGUUUGGAGUUAAAUCAGAUCAUAGAUGGCUGUCAUCUGCAAAGUACUUUUCUCGUUGCUGCCAUAAUCUUUGUAUAAUUGGAAGUCUGUAAACUUUAUAGCAUUCUUUGAUUUCUCAUCCAUUUUUUUCCCCACACCAUUCAUGCGUAUAUUUUUUGGUCCCGGUCACCAUUCCUUACAAAACUAAUUAAAUGCAUUCUUAAAUACAUAAUACUGUCAAUAUCCAUUCACAUCUACCACCUCUAGGCCCAACCUUCCAUCAUCUCUAUGCUGGUCUAAUUUUUGCUGAGCCGUAAAACCAAAGACAGAUUCCAGGGGUUAAUAUGGGGCCUCCAGAAUGGGGAUUGCACAGAAUAAUCUUAUUUUUCCUCUAUUCUUCUAGUCUGUUAUGUUCUGAACCCACACAUGUUUUCGGAAGGACCAGAUGGCUGACACUGGCUAAUGGGAACCAAAAGACGAGUGAAAGUAACCUGGUUGUCACAUACUCCAAGCUUAGGGGUGCUUCACCUGCCCCAAGAUCAAUUUCUUUUUUCCUCUGGAGAAUUGACCCAGCUGUAUCAAAAAACGUUAAUACAGCCUGGCUUAUCUAAGGUGGGGAAAGAUCAAGUGCAGACUGAGCUGUGGCCAACGUUUGCAGACCAGGAAUCCACACUAGCUCUAAGCAGAGAGCUCUUGGUGUGCGGGAACUGCCAGUUUGCCGACGUGAAAAGAGCCCCAGACUGGGUACUGGUGAGCCCUGAAGUCGCACCCCAGCUCUGCCACUCAGUGAGCACGGGUAAGUCAUCCACCUUCCACGGGUGGCCGUGAUGGCCCUCCCUCCUCUGAGGCUAAAGAGAGGGAGGCCAGAAUGCCCAGAGCAGCCUCCUUCCUGUCUCAGGAUAAAAAGGAUCUCAGGAACCCACUUCGUGUGGUAGGAGCUCCUAGUGGUGGGUUAUAAACAACCCUCGGUUACUGGGAUAGUCAAAUUGCAACCAUAAUCAGUGACUCAGAGCAGUGAAUGUGACAUUGGUUAAUUCUACUUCGAGGGCCUGACCACUGCUUCCCUGGAAUUUUGCAGACCUUUGGAAUUGGGGGCACUUACAUGGUUGUCACUCACAAGCUUUCUCUGAGUUGGCCUCACCUGAGCACUAGAGAGUUGGUUGCAGAAGUGUCUUUCUGCAGUUUUCCAAGCACUUUAUGCAGAGAGCAAGAACUUCCGUUUUUUAUUACUAUCCUGUUAGUGUGCCCUAACUUUUUUCACCUCAUAACACAAGCUGGCUGAAGCAUAGGAUCGACACUGAGUGCUUUGAAAGAGAGCUGUUUGAUUCCUGUUCACUGAAUGCCGUUUCUUUCAGGGUAGAUUUAAGGGCUCUGCCCUUAAAGUACAUUGCUGUUGACCCUAGUUUCAGGGUUCAAGCCACCCCAUGGGUUAACUUCAACAGAUGAAAAUUUUUCCUUGGCUACAGCAACAUCCCUAAUCCUGACCAGCCAUGGAGAGGUUCGGUUCUUGCAAGGAAAAUGAGUGAAUGUGGGAAUGGCUCACCACAUUGGGAAAACAAAACUCACAUCCUGCUGAUGGUUGGCUGAGGACUGUCAUGUCCACAUACAAAGAAAAGCAUGUGGCACAGUUUUAGGACAAAGAUAUGGGUUUGUGGAGUUUGAUGAUCUGCGAGAUGCAGAUGAUGCUGUUUAUGAACUGAAUGGCAAAGACCUUUGUGGUGAGCGAGUAAUUGUUGAGCAUGCCCGCGGCCCGCGACGAGAUGGCAGUUACGGUUCUGGACGCAAAUCCUUUGAGGCUAAGAUGACUGCCUGUUCCAUUUGCUGACCUUGGGUUACCUUUCCAUGCGUGGCUCUUUGAACCAUUGUGGCCCUUGGCUGACCAAAAACAGGAAGCCAUGUGACGACCGCAACCUUUCCCCAUUAGACCUGGGUGGUGGAUAUGGUUAUAGAAGAAGUGGCCGAGAUAAAUAUGGCCCUCCUACCCGCACAGAAUACAGACUUAUUGUGGAGAAUUUGUCAAGUCGGUGCAGCUGGCAAGACCUAAAGGAUUAUAUGCGUCAGGCGGGAGAAGUGACCUAUGCAGAUGCUCACAAGGGACGCAAAAAUGAAGGGGUGAUUGAAUUUGUGUCUUACUCUGAUAUGAAAAGAGCUUUGGAAAAGUUAGAUGGAACUGAAGUCAAUGGCAGAAAAAUCAGAUUAGUUGAAGACAAGCCCGGUUCUAGACGACGCCGGUCCUACUCCAGGAGCCGGAGUCACUCAAGAUCUCGCUCUCGAAGCAGACAUUCUCGUAAGAGCAGAAGCCGAAGCGGCAGCAGCAAAAGCAGUCGUUCUAAGAGUAGAUCCCGGUCCAGGUCAGGCUCCCGUUCCCGGAGCAAGAGCCGCAGCCGCAGCCAGAGCCGCAGCCGCAGCAAGAAGGACAAGAGCCGGAGCCCCAGCAAGGACCAGAGCCGGAGCCGGAGCCGCAGCGCCGACAAGCGCCGCAGCAAGAGCAAGGACCAGGCCGAGGAGAAGGUCCAGAACAGCGACAGCACCGGCAAGUCCAAGAGCCGCAGCCCCAGCAGGCAGAAAAGCAAGAGCAAGAGUAGGAGCCGCAGCCAGGAGGGGGGCGCGCAGGAGAAGCGGGGCAGCGUGAGCAGAAGCCGCAGCCAGGAGAAGAGCCUGCGCAAGAGCCGCAGCCGCAGCCGCAGCCAGGGAGGCAGCCGCAGCCGCAGCCGCAGCCAAAGCAAGGACAAGAGGAAGGGGAGGAAGAGAAGCAGGGAGGAGAGCCGCAGCCGCAGCCGCAGCCGCAGCAAGAGCGAGAGGAGCAGAAAACGAGGCGGCAAGCGAGACAGCAAGUCGGGCAGCAGCAGCAGCAGCAGCAAGAAGAAGAAGAAGGAAGACGCCGACCGCUCCCAGUCCAGAUCGCGAUCCCGCUCGGGCUCGAAGGAGCGGGAACACGCCAAGUCCGAGUCGGGCCAGAGGGAAGGCCGAGGGGAGAGCGAGGAUGCUGGCGCCAAUCAGGAGACCCGGUCCAGGUCGAGGUCCAAUUCCAAAUCAAAACCCAACCUCCCGUCAGAAUCACGCUCCAGAUCAAAGUCCGCGUCAAAAACCCGAUCCCGGUCCAAGUCUAGAUCCAGGUCUGCGUCCAGAUCGCGCUCCCGGUCUAGAUCUAGGUCCCACUCAAGGUCCUAACUGGCUACGACCACAGCUGGAACUACCCGAGAAGUCUUUUGUACAUGUUUGGUAGCCGUAGCACAAGUGAUUGAAGUAGAACAUAUGUCACUGCUGUACAUUUUUAACUCCCCUAAUGGUGUGUCUACAAUUGUUAAGUCUAAGCGCUUCCUCUCCGUAAAGCCUCCUGGCGUCAGGCCUUCCUGCUUGACCGAAAGCAGUCUUCUCUUUGAAAACCCCCUUUACUCAUGGCCCACAGUAGAAUAUCCAAAACGCCUUGCCUUUGAGGCCUGGCCUUUCCUACAGGGAGCUCAGUACCUGGAUGGCUUUAAGGCUGGAAUGAUGACAUAGGUAGGUAUGGUGAGUUCAACCAUUUUGCCCUUGAAUUGAUGCCCUUUGAUGUAUGCCAUUUAGUGAAAGUGCUAAGUCUUAAGUUUCCUACCACUUCGGUUUCAUAUUUUUGGACUUAACAAAGUUGUGAAUAGCACAGUCAAGGAAAAUUGAUACCUGCAGUAACCCAUAGGAAAUAAACUGUAGAGUUCCAUAUUCUGGUAUUGUGAUUAUAUUGUUUUAUAUUAAAAAAGAAAAGAAAAGAAUUUUUUUUAAUUUUAUUUUUCCCCGUCUUGCAAAGUAUAGUGACCCCUGUUUCCAUUAAAUUUGAAUAAAGACUAUUUUUGCUUGACAAAA